AUGUCAAAUUUUAUUCCAUUAAGCGUACUUAAUCAUCAAUGGAAUGAUUUUAAUCAUCGUUUACAAAUAUUAAUUCAUUCACAAUCUCAAUAUGAGAAAAUUCAUUAUCAUCAACCUAUUAAUUCUUCAUUAUCGAAUUCAAAACAAAGAAUUAAUGAACAUUCGAAACAAUAUGAUAGAAAAGAAAAUAAUCAGUUAGAAUUAUUGACAACAGGAAAAAGAAAAAAAUUGUUACAAGAUAUUAAAACAAAUGAAAAUAAUCUUGAUAGAGUACAUCAACGACUUGAUGGUAUGAUCAACAAUAGUUUAAUGUUAAGAUUAUUUUUUGAUAGUUGUUCGUCAGGAAAUGGUUGA